GGUGGGCACCAAGCUACGCUUGGCGGCACACGCCAAGCACUUCGACAGCCUGGGGGUCGACCUCGUCGCGCUCUGCGCGAACGACGUUGCUGCGCGGGGCGCCGAGCCGCUGUUCUUCCACGAGCACAUCUCCACCAACAAGGUGGACGCCGAGCAGGCGAUGCAGAUGGUGCGGGGCGUCGCCGAGGGCUGCGUCGAGGCCGGCUGCACCCUCCUCGACACCGGGGUGGCGGAGCUGCCGGGCGUCUUCGCCCAGGGCGGCGGCUCGGACUUCGUGGGCUUCGCCGUGGGGCGCGUGGAGAAGGGGUGGCCUCCUGCCGCGCCACGGCGCCAUGGUGGCCGGCGACGCCCUCAUCGCUCUGCCCUCCUCGGGCCUGCACAGCAACGGGUUCUCCCUGGUCCGCUUCAUCAUCCGCGCGGCCGGGCUCGACUACAACCAGGCGGCGCCGUUCGACCCCACCCGCAGCCUCGGCGACGCGCUCCUCACGCCCGCUCGCAUCUACGUACAGCCCCUGCUGGCCCUGUCGCGAGAGGGGUUGCUCAAGGGCGCCGCGCCGGUGGCGUCCGGGGGCCUGCAGCGCUGCUGCGACGGCGUGCUGCCCGAGCACCUCGUGGCCAAGCUCCAGGAGGGGGCAGACGCCUGGGAGAUGCCCGCGGCGCAGCGCUGGCUGGCGGCCGUGGGGAAGGUGAAGUGCAGCGAGCUGGCGGCCACCUUCAACUGCGGCAUCGGCAUGCUUCUGGUGGUCGCGGCUGCCGACAGGGAGCGCGCGAUGCAGGCGCUGCGCGACCUCCACGAGGAGCCCGUGCUCGUCGGCGAGCUCGGCAGCCGCAAGGCGGACUCGCUGCCCCUGGAGGUCGAGGGUGCGGACUUGGCGUGGCUGAUGCUGCCCGAGCUCGGUGCGUCGCUGCCGUUCCCAGAGGUGCUCUCCUCUCUGACCCCUGGACGAUCUCCAGGAAGAAAGUCGUGGUGCUCGGCGGCCGCGAGGAGGUCUCGCCCUUGCAGGCGCUCGUGCAGGCACUGGCGCUGCCCGCAUCGGCGGCCGACCUGUCGGCCUUCGUGUGCCCGUACCCUGACAGCCCGCUGCUGGCCCACGCCAGGAGAACAUGGGCCUGCAAGCCACGGUGCUGGGCAAGGGUCAGUUCGCCUCCACCGAAUUCUACUGCGAGGGCCUCGAGGGCCUCGAUUCGGGCGCGGGCGAGGAACCGACGCGGAGGGAGGUGGCCCCGCGCCCGGCACCGGAGCGGACGACGGGGCCGGGCAGGGCAGCUCGUCGAUCUCGGCGGACUUCUCGAGGCAGUUCGACGAGCUCAUGACGUCCCUGACGCCGGACUUCAUCGUGGUGCUGGACGACGUCGACCGGACUCUGCUGACCCGCCAGCUGCUGCAGCGCUACAUGGGCAGAGUGCUGCUGGUCCACGCGUCGCUGCUGCCGGCGUUCCCCGGCCCGUGUCCCAUCGAGGCGGCCCUGCGCGCGGGCGUGUGCAUCACGGGCUGCACCGUGUCCUUCGCGGCGCCGCCCUCCUCGCUGGGGGCCGAGCACCGCCACGGGCCGGUCAUCCUUCAGGAGGCCACCAAGGUGCACGCCAACGACACGGCCAGCACGCUGCGCGCGCGCCUGGUCGCGGAGUGCGAGGCCGCCGCUCUCUCCCGCGCGGUGCAGCUGGUCGCCUCCGGAUCCGUCGUGCUCAAGAGCGACGACGGCGGUUACUCCCUCGGCAGGAGCCGCCUCCUUCACGGAGGCCGCCUCCGACGACAUGCUCGGCGGCGGCCUCGUGUCUGGCGCGCGCAAGUCCGCGCACUGACGGCGAUCCCGGGGGGCCAGCCAGCCCCCCAGAGUUUUCGGGCAGGGGGAGGAAUGGAAAGACCUCUUCUCCCCCCUUCUGGAGGAAGGGGUUCUGGUUCUACCGGAUUGAUCUCGAGGCCUCCAUGUUGUCGCACUAGGAUCAGUACAGGGCGGCCACGGGCGCUGAGUACCAUGGUGGCGGCCCUUCCUUGAGCCUGAUUGUUUUUUAGUGCCUUUCAAGCCGUAAGCUCUUGGGCGCCAUGCCAAGACAAGCUCUCCCCCACCCCCUUCCCUCCUGCUUGUUAAUUACCCCUUCCAGCUCAUCAGCACGGCCUUCCCAUCCCCGCCCCAAUUCCAUGUUCAGUGGCUAUCUGGGCGUGGCGUUGUUUGGAUUCAGCGAGCCACAGUGCUUUCGCGCGCCUGCUCAAAGAGCGGAAUUCAAUAUUGUAGGGCGUUGACCAGCAAGAAAGAUUUCUUCAGUUGUCAAUGCGCGAGCAACGGGCAGUCCACACAGCCAUCCACUGGUGUGGUUUCCUUUUGAACUCUUGGACAUGUGAGGGGCUAGCUCUCACGUUGUAGGUGAUCAGAUCGUUGCCCGCUUCCCUCCUCCACCUCCACCUUCCCCCUGGUCUUCCUCCUCUUCCUCCUGCUCCCCGUCUCGCCCCGCCGUGCUCGCCCCGGCGGCUUUCGCUGGAAGGCCUGGUGCAUCAUCGAUGAGAGAUUGGUGGAGUCACUCUCUCCUCGAGGCCCAGUUGGUGGAGUCACUGGGGCACGCGGCACCGUGACAUUGUCUCUCUGGGUCACAAUGCCGCUGUCGCAGGCGGCAUGUGCUGUAACUCUCUUGGCGCGGCCGCCCGGUUGGCGAAGGCCAGGGCGGCGUGUGCGUUUCUCGGUGCCCAGGACCGCUUGCCUCGUGUUCGAAG